AUGGUACUAGAGGCAGAGGUCUGUGGAGGAGGCAGCACCUCCAGCCCCACGCCUGUCCCCUGCCCCAGUGUCCGACGGGAGGCGGGGGAGAUGGCCAUCUUCGACAAGCUCGGGAUGUCCAGGGCGGUCACCAGGGCUCCUGUCCCCAGCAGAGGCGAGCAGGGCCCGCCCACGCAGGGCAGCCCCAGUCUGCAGGCCCAGCGUCAGGCCACCCUCUCCCCGCGGCCUGGCCCUUGGGGAGCGGUGGAAACCGAGACGGAGAAGGCCCCGGCCACGGGCGCUCCCGGAGAGGCCCCGGACCGCCGCCUGGCACGCGCCGACCUGUGCCCGCCACGUUGUCCUCUGGGUCACGUGAGACGUGUGAUCUAUUCUGAGCGACCUCGGGCUCAGCAGGUCCUGUGUGUCUUGAAGGAGAGAAAGAGGCUGGCCGAGUCUGGGGGCCGGGAGCAGGCCCUGCCCUCCGGAGACCAGCCGGGGUCGCAGGCUCUGCCCUCCAGAGUCGGGGCCACGCGGGCGCUGAACGCGGGCUCUGCGCCGCAGUGGGGCCGCUCCCGGGCAGCUCCGCCCUCCGGACGCGGCUGGGGGGCGGGGCCGGCGGGGGUGCUGUUCAUGGUGGGCAACCUCAUCAUCAUCCCCGUGGGCAUCACCUUCUUCAAGGACGAGACCACCGCGCCCUGGAUCGUGUUCAACGUGGUCUCCGACACCUUCUUCCUCAUGGACCUGGUGCUGAACUUCCGCACGGGCAUCGUGAUCGAGGACAACACGGAGAUCAUCCUGGACCCCGAGAAGAUCAAGAAGAAGUACCUGCGCACGUGGUUCGUGGUGGACUUCGUGUCCUCCAUCCCCGUGGACUACAUCUUCCUCAUCGUGGAGAAGGGCAUCGACUCCGAGGUCUACAAGACGGCGCGCGCCCUGCGCAUCGUGCGCUUCACCAAGAUCCUCAGCCUCCUGCGGCUGCUGCGGCUGUCGCGCCUCAUCCGCUACAUCCACCAGUGCGCCUGGGCUGGGGCGGUCCUGGGCAGGCUGGGCCUGCAGGACACCCGGCAGGCUGGAGCGGGGCUGCGUGGGCAGGGGCUCCGGCCUCCUGCCCCCUGCGACCCUCACGCCCCGCAGAUCUUCCACAUGACCUACGACCUGGCCAGCGCCGUCAUGCGCAUCUGCAACCUCAUCAGCAUGAUGCUGCUGCUCUGCCACUGGGACGGCUGCCUGCAGUUCCUGGUGCCGAUGCUGCAGGACUUCCCCAGCGACUGCUGGGUGUCCAUCAACAAGAUGGUGAACCACUCCUGGAGCGAGCUGUACUCGUUUGCGCUGUUCAAGGCCAUGAGCCACAUGCUGUGCAUCGGCUACGGCCGGCAGGCGCCUGAGAGCAUGACCGACAUCUGGCUCACCAUGCUCAGCAUGAUCGUGGGCGCCACCUGCUACGCCAUGUUCAUCGGCCAUGCCACCGCCCUCAUCCAGUCGCUGGACUCCUCGCGGCGCCAGUACCAGGAGAAGUACAAGCAGGUGGAGCAGUACAUGUCCUUCCACAAGCUGCCGGCCGACUUCCGCCAGCGGAUCCAUGACUACUACGAGCACCGCUACCAGGGCAAGAUGUUCGACGAGGACAGCAUCCUCGGGGAGCUGAGCGGGCCCCUGCGGGAGGAGAUCGUCAACUUCAACUGCCGGAAGCUGGUGGCGUCCAUGCCGCUGUUCGCCAACGCCGACCCCAACUUCGUGACGUCCAUGCUGACCAAGCUCAAGUUCGAGGUCUUCCAGCCCGGGGACUACAUCAUCCGGGAGGGCACCAUCGGCAAGAAGAUGUACUUCAUCCAGCACGGGGUGGUCAGCGUGCUGACCAAGGGCAGCAAGGAGAUGAAGCUGUCUGAUGGCUCCUACUUCGGGGGUGAGCUGCGGGGCCCUGCAGGCAAGAAGAACUCCCUCCUCCUGCACAAGGUGCAGCACGACCUCAGCUCGGGCGUGUUCAACAACCGGGAGAACGCCAUCAUCCAGGAGAUCGUCAAGUACGACCGCGAGAUGGUGCGGCAGGCCGAGCUGGGCCAG